AUGGCAGAGUUGUGGUUCGAGGAAGAAGAAGAAAUGCAGGAUGCAGGCAUUUGGGAGUACGACUCAGAAGAUGAAAUCAUGGAGGGCAACCAAGAAGAACAACAACAGCAACAACAGGCAGACACUAAUGUUCAACACACACAAAUGCAACAGCAAGCUCAUGAAGGAACUCAUAGUGUAUGCAGAAAGCAAUUAACAUUGCAGCAAAGAAGGAAAAUUGUAGAUGCACUUUGGGUGAAAAUGAACAAUGGGACAUUACCAAGGGACAUAAAAAGGCAGCUGGCAUUAGGGGACUUGAUUGAUGUCAGGACUAAAAAAAUUGGCAAAACAGGGAGAAAGCCAUUGCAAAUUUCUGAUGAAACUCUCCAGUCAGUCCCACUACAUUUAAGGCAGACAAAAAGGAGCUAUGUAGGAGCAUUGAAGAUCAGUCUUAGUACAGUUCACAAUUUGAAGAAGAGGGGAAGGCUAAGAACACACACAUGCUGCAACAAACCAUUGCUAACAUCAGACCAUAAGAUAGCCAGACUAAGAUGGGUUUUGUCACAUAUAAAUCCAGUUACAGGGAAUGAGGACCCCACAUUUGUUGACAUGAGGAAUGUUAUACACUGUGGUGAGAAGUGGUUCUACUUGAACCCUGACAAAAGGAGGUUUUACCUACUGCCAAGUGAGGAGGAUCCCUAUAUGGAAGUUCAGUCAAAAAGAUUCAAGCUCAAGGCAAUGUUCAUGGCAAUCAUAGGGAAGCCAUUAUAUGGCAUGAAUGGAGAACUGUUACAUGAUGGGAAGUAUGGCAUCUUCCCAUUCACUGUCCAGAUAGAAGCACAGAAAUCAAGCAAGAAAAGACCAAGAGGGACUAUGGAAACUAAGGCACUCCAGAAUAUAAAUAGAGAAGUAAUCAGAGAGAUGCUACUAACAAAGGUCAUUCCAGCAAUCAUGUCAAAGUGGCCUGAAGGUCUGCCCAAGGAUGUGGUCAUCCAAUGGGACAAUGCAAGGCCUCACCAAGUUCCUACAGAUGCUGAGUUUCUGGGAGCAACAACAGCUAAUGGCUUUAACAUUCAAUUUGUUUUUCAGCCAGCACAGUCCCCUGAUUUGAAUGUCCUUGACUUAGGGCUAUUUAGGUCUAUACAGUCUUUGCAAUAUCAGUCUUUUCCUAGGGACUUAGAUGAGCUGGUUGCAAAGGUCAAAGAGUCUUAUGGCACAUUCAACCCCCAGGUUAACAAGUACAUCUGGGUUACAUUGCAAAAAUGUAUGAUUAAGAUACUCAAGGCUGAAGGUGGUAACAAGUACAAAAUACCACAUAUGAACAAAAAAAGGCUGGAAAACCUAGGAAAUCUUCCAGAUUUGGUAGAGGUUCAGAAAGAGGUUGUAUUGGAGGCUGUGGAGUACCUAAACACUAUGUUUAGGCCAGCAAAUCAAGGGACUCAAGAACUCAUAGAAGAUUUGGAGGUGGAUGCAGAUUAG